UGGAGGAGUAGGUGGCUGGUGCUGCGCAAGCCGUCGCCGGUGGCAGGCAGCCUGGCAGGGGCUGGGACCUGCCCGGUGAGGUGCUGUGAGCUCAGCCACUCUCGGCAACAUCUGGGCCCUGCAAACUUGCCCAGGAACCGGGGCCUCGGGACACCUGCCCCUGAAGCCGCCUGAGCUGUUCCCCUGUGCCCGUGCCUCUCCUGUGCAGUGGCAGCUCUGCUAACUAAGACUGCCUGCUGAUGCUGGCCUACAAGGACAGGGCAGAGCGAGCCAGAGGGAUGCGGGAGCGCAGCAGCCUCGCGCUGGAGGACAUCUGCGGCCUGGAGCCCGGCCUGCCCUACGAGGGCCUGGCCCACACACUGGCCAUCGUCUGCCUGUCGCAGGCCAUCAUGCUGGGCUUCGACAGCCGGGAGGCCAUGUGCGCCUGGGACGCCCGGAUCCGCCACGCGCUGGGUGAGGUGCACAGGUUCCACGUGACCGUGGCUCCCGGCACCAAGCUGGAGAGCGGACCCGCCACCCUGCACCUCUGCAAUGACAUCCUCGUCGUGGCCAGGGACGUCCCUCCGGCUGUCACGGGGCAGUGGAAGCUGUCGGACCUCCGGCGCUAUGGGGCCGUGCCCAGCGGGUUCAUCUUUGAAGGAGGGACCAGGUGUGGGUACUGGGCUGGGGUCUUCUUCCUGUCCUCGGCCGAGGGAGAGCAGAUCAGUUUCCUGUUCGACUGCAUCGUCCGCGGCAUCUCCCCGACCAAGGGCCCCUUUGGGCUGCGGCCUGUUCUCCCAGACCUGAGCCCCGGGGGCCCUGCCGCGGAGGAGCGAGUGGCCCAGGAGGCCCUGGAAACCCUGCAGCUGGAGAAGCGGCUCAGCCUCCUCUCCCACUCCGGCUGGCCGGGCAGCGCAGGGGACGACCGCAGCCUGUCCAGCUCGUCGUCAGAGGCCAGCCACUCGGACGUCAGCGCCAGCAGCCGGCUCGCGCCGUGGCCAGAGCCGUCCCCGUCCUCGGCGGGCGCGUCGCCGGAGGGUCUUGGGCUGGCGGCCGCCCAGGCCCCCGGGGAGGCCGCAGCGGGUGCCUCGAGGCCACCCCCCAGGCCGCUGCGGCCACGGCAGCUGCAGGAGGUCGGCCGCCAGAGCUCCUCGGACAGCGGCAUCGCCACGGGCAGCCACUCCUCCUACUCGGGCAGCUUCUCGUCCUUCGCAGGCAGCAGCCUGGACGUGUGGCGCGGGGCCGACGAGCUGGGCUCCCUGCUCAGCCUGCCGGGAGGCGGGGCGCCCGAGCGCAGCCUGUGCGCCUGCGCGCCCGGGGCGGCCGAGUACCAGGUGCCCGCGGCGCCGCGGCCGCACUACGACACGCCCCGCAGCGUGCGCCAGGCGGCCCGGGACCAGCCCCCCGCCACACAGGGCAGCGCCAGCGACGGAGCCGCCGGGGACUCGGGCGGCCGGCCGUCGGCGGGGUGUCCCUCCGGCUGGCUGGGCGAGCGACGGCGGGGACAGGCGACAGAGGCCCCGUCGGGGCCAGGCGAGCCCUGGGAAGUGGGCGCCCCCCACGCGGGGCCCCCUCCGGCUCUCUUUUCCGCGUGUCCCGUCUGCGGAGGACUGAAGGGAGCUGCUGCCUCACCCCCUGGGCUCCCGGUGAUGCACUCAGGACCCGAGAGGCCGUGCAGUGAGGGGCCCACAUAUGUGAACGUCCCCGCCAGCCCUUCCCCCACGAAGCAGCUGCACUACUUAGGCCUGCAGCUCCAGGAGGCCGGCGCGGGCAUCCGAGAUCGACAUCGUGGCCACAGAGGCGGCGCACAGGGCGGGGGCCCGGCACGCGCAGGCCCGGGAGGAGCGGCUGCCGGCGCUGGAGCAGAGGCGGAAGGGGACCCCGCGGUGAGGCGGCCGGACUGCGACGCGACCCGACGGCUCGAGGGAGCGGCCCCGCGGCACCUCUGCUGCGUCCCGGCGGUCAGGCUCCGAGCCGAGGGCCGGCGGGAGGUGCCGCCUGGACAGGUGUCGGGCGGCUCCAGGUGGACCUGAGGCGGCGUCUGGCGAGCAGUCUCCGGUCCUGGGAUGCGACCUGCCCGCGGCUUCCCUGGAGGCGGCGGCCCGGUGACGACGAUGUGUCCCAGCCAAACGCAUGUCCCCAACCACGGGGGACCCGGCCAGGCCCCACCACGUGGCGCCCUCUGCAGGGCCCCCGCUGUCCCCUCUGGGUCACUGCUGCCCUGCGCCUGGAUGGCGUGGCCUUCGUGCGCUCAGCUGACUGCCCGCUUCUUGGGACCCAUUUAGUUAGUUCUGUAAAUGGUUUAAAAUCACUC